GAAGAGGGUAGAAAGAAAGAAAGUGUUGCUGACUUUUGAAGUCUUUCACAAGUCCCCACCCAACCCAAGGCAAAGCAGCCACCGAUGGGAGAGAAGAGAGAGUUGAGAGAAGAACUAUGAAAUGAAACCUCAAAACAGCUGUACGUAAUAAUCAAACAAAGUGUGUCAGCAUAGCAAUAGCAAUUACAAUAACAUUCACACAACAAAACAACAAACACAAAACUGCAAAGUCAAUAAGGGCAACCUCUGCCUUUUCGCACCCAUUGCAGACCAGACUUUCUCAACAAAACCAUAAGUUGUUGGAGAGUUUUGGAGUUUCUCUGCCGUCAAGUUUUUGUUAAAUUUUCUGUUCUGAAGAUUUGAGAAGAGUUUGAUGUUGAGCAAUAGAAGGGGAAGGUGAGGCGGGGCAGAAUUAUUUCAUGGAUUGUUUCUGUUGCUUCAAUCAGGUGGUUGGAGGACGGUCUUCAUGUAGCUCCGGCAAGGGCAGAAGCCAUCUGUGGCCAGUUAAGUAUGGUUUUAGCCUAGUUAAAGGGAAAGCAAACCACCCAAUGGAGGACUAUCAUGUAGCAAAAAUUGCCAAGUGCGGAGGGCAAGAGUUAGGACUUUUUGCUAUAUAUGAUGGACACUUGGGAGACAGUGUGCCUGCAUAUUUACAAAAGCAUCUCUUUUCUAAUAUCUUGAAGGAGGAGGACUUCUGGACUGAUCCUGCCAGUUCUAUCAUUAAAGCUUACGAGACAACAGAUCAGGCCAUUCUUUCUCACAGUUCUGAUUUGGGGCGAGGAGGAUCUACUGCAGUCACUGCAAUUCUUAUCAAUAAUCAGAACUUAUGGGUCGCAAAUGUUGGAGAUUCUCGAGCAGUUUUGUCAAGGAAGGGGGUGGCCAUUCAGAUGACCGUUGAUCAUGAGCCAAAUACUGAGAGGGGCUUCAUCGAGAACAAAGGAGGCUUUGUCUCCAACAUGCCAGGAGAUGUUGCAAGAGUGAAUGGGCAGCUUGCAGUUUCUCGAGCAUUUGGAGACAAAAAUCUAAAAUCACACUUACGAUCUGAUCCUGAUGUACAUCAUUUUGAUAUUAACUCAGAUGCUGAGUUUUUGAUACUUGCUAGUGAUGGUCUUUGGAAGGUAAUGGCAAAUCAAGAGGCAGUUGAUAUUGCAAGAAGGAUAAAAGAUCCACAAAAGGCAGCAAAAAAGCUAGUUGCAGAGGCAUUGGACAAAGACAGCAAGGAUGAUAUUUCGUGCAUUGUAGUUCGUUUCAAGGGUUGAGAUUGAUGAAAGAGGGAACACAACACAACACCACACAACUAUUCCCUAUAUUUUCUUGGUAUAUAUUUCAUAAAUCUUAGACUUCCAUUUGUUUGGAGAUCUCGUGAUAUCCAUUUUCUACAACAUAGGUUUUGCUCAUUCCUCUGUAAAAUUUCAGUUCUUCAUCAAAUUAGUUCCUGCCAUUUAGUUUCUCAUCAUUUGUUUUCUGUAGAUUAAUUAUUAUUACCAUCAUUUUUCUUUGUAAUUUGCUUUAUUACAUGGAGCAGUGUGAAGUUGAACAUAGCUUUUAAAUUUGAUCGAGGGAAUUAUGCGUUUGUUAUGAACAAAA